GAGGCCGGCGGAGGUGAGCGAUGGUGGAAGUGGCAAGUUUGGCCGAGACGAGACGACACGACGGUUGCUUCCUUCCUAACCAACUCCCCAACCAAGCCUCCCUCCCUCGCCGGAGCUCUCGCCACCCCGCGGCCGCCGCCGCCGCCGCGAAACGGAGCAUUUGGUUAAUUGCAUUGCGUCCGCGUUGGGUUUGCGUUGCAUGGUCACGCGCGCGCACGCACGCACGCGGCUUUGGGUUUUUUUUGGCGCAUAAAUAUUCCGCGGCUGCUGCUGCUGCUGCCGCUUCCUGCCUGUCCCUGAGUUGUACCCGCUCUAUUUUUUUUUUCUCUCUCUUUCUUCUCCAUCUCUCCUCCUUCCUUCCUAACCUCUCCCCACCUACCUCCCUGCCGCCUGAUCCUGAUUUCCCCAAUUGAGGCCAGCGUCGAGCACCUGCACACACGCACACGCUCGCUGCUGCGCCUCGAUUCUCGUCCCAGAUCCGCCACUCCCUUCCCCAAUUCGCCGUCACCUGCAGCUGAGUGUUGCUUGCUCGAGCUAGCUGGUGGUUCUUGCCUUGCAGGGCGAGGCAGUGGUAGCUUGCGAGCUUUAGCUGCGGGAGCGGUUGGCUUUGGUUUUGGUUUGGUAAAUUGGUUGCGUGUGCGUGUGCGUGCCAUGAGAAGAUGAUGCGCGCCAAGGCGAAAGGUACAUUCCCACCGGCGGCGGCGGCGAUGAAGGAGAGCUCUGCUCCUCCGCCGCCUGCUGCUGCGGCGGCGGCGGCGAGGGAGGAUGAGUGGGAGGUGCGGCCAGGUGGGAUGCUGGUGCAGAAGAGGAGCCCGGACGGCGACGCCCCGGCCGCGCCCGUGCCCACCAUCCGCGUCAAGGUCAAGUUCAACGGCGUCUACCACGAGAUCUACAUCAACUCGCAGGCGUCCUUCGGUGAGCUGAAGAAGCAGCUGUCGGCGCCGACGGGGCUGCACCCGGAGGACCAGAAGAUCGUUUACAAGGACAAGGAGAGGGACUCCAAGGCGUUCCUCGACAUGGCCGGCGUCAAGGACCGCUCCAAGAUGGUGCUCCUCGAGGACCCAACGGCGCAGGCCAAGCGCCUCCUCGAGCAACGCCGCACCGACAAGGCCGAGCGCGCCGCCAAGUCCAUCUCCCGCAUCAGCCUCGACGUCGACAAGCUCGCCACCAAGGUGACGGCUCUGGAGGCCAUCGUCGGCAAGGGCGGGAGGGUGGUCGACGCCGACGUGGUCACGCUCACGGAGGCGCUGAUGAACGAGCUGGUCAAGCUGGACGCCAUCGCCGCCGAGGGCGAGGUCAAGGUGCAGAGGCGAAUGCAGGAGAAGCGGGUGCAGAAGUACGUGGAGUCGCUGGACGCCAUCCGCGCCAAGAACGCGGCGUCGCACAACAAGGCCAGCGGCAACGGCCACGCCAAGCCCCGGGCGCCGCACCUCCCGCCGCCGGUGUCGCAGCGGCGGCAGUUCCAGGCGCCGCCGCCCGCCGCGCCAACGACAACGAAGACCGCCGCCGCGCCGGCGCCGCCGCCCACGGCGAGCUGGGAGUCGUUCGACCUGCUGUCCUCGAUGCCGUCCACGUCGUCGUCCACCGUGACGACCACCAUGGCCGCCGCGACGACCACCACCACCACCUCGCCGAUCCCGCGGUUCGAUUGGGAGCUCUUCUAGCUCGCUCUCGCUCUCCCUCUCCUCCUCCUCCGAUGGGUACACUACUCUACACUACACUACACUACACACUUCACCUUUUCUUUGUCCAUUCAUCUCGUGAGCUCAUUCGAUCGGUCGCACUAGCACCUGAUCGAUCAGCAGCGCUCGCCAUUGUUUCUUUGAUUUCUUCUGUUCAUUCUUCCUCUUCUUUCUUUUUUCUUCAUGUUCCUUUUUUCAUUUCGAGAGUAUAUCUACAAAAACAAAAAAGAAGAAACACCAUGGGUGAUCGAGUGUGUUCAGUACGUAUGUCAUCACUCAAGUCAGUUCAUCAAUCCAAUGCAUGGUCAGUCACACAGCCAAAAAAGAAAAAAGUGGGUGGUAUCAUGACGAAGAAUUUUCCGGUGACACUAUAUAUAUACAAAAAAAACAGCAUGUAUAUGUGAUUCGAAACACAUUGAAUUUUCUUCC